AAUGAAAUAUCUCAACUUUUUAUUCUCAACGUCUGUGAUCUUAACGUCCCUUUCAGCCCUGAGCAAAACACGAGCCAUGGGGAAGGAGACGGAGGCCACGUGCACCAUCCGCACCAGGAAGUUCCUCACCAACAGGCUUCUCAACAGGAAGCAAAUGGUGGUGGAUGUCCUGCACCCUAACCGUGCCACCGUGCCCAAGACCGAGAUCAGGGAGAAGCUGGCCAAGAUGUACAAGACCACUGGAGAUGUCGUCUUCUGCUUCGGGUUCCGGACACAGUUUGGCGGCGGCAAGAGCACAGGCUUUGCGCUGGUGUACGACACCCUCGACUACGCCAAGAAGAUCGAGCCCAAGUACCGUCUUGUUAGGCAAGGACUCCUGGAGGUGAAGAAGACUGCCAGGAAGCAGAGGAAGGAGCGCAAGAACAGGAUGAAGAAGGCACGAGGCACAGCAAAGGCGAAGAUGGCCGCCGCCACUAAAAAGGUUCGUUUGCUGGUUGGCUAUUUAUUAGUAAUUCCUUGUUUGUGUGUGGUUACUUAUUAGUUACUCCCUGUUUGUGUGUUUACAUAGGAGGGUCUUCCUUGCCCUGUAUAUUACCUUAGCAGACCCACAUGUUGCAGUGUACAGUUACAACAUUUAUUUUAUGGAUGGAUCACUUUAUUUAUUUAUUUAUUUAUUUGAUUUUCUUCACACCAAGGUCAAUCAUCCCGACCAUAUUUUAGAUAGGUUAGGUCAAGUGAGGUUAGGAUGUCAGACUUAACUAAACCCAACCCCCCAAUAAAUAUCUAGGUUAGCUGACUUUAUGGAAUUAUAGACAGGAAUUGGAUAACUUAUGGGGGAGGUUGUAUCUUUACCUGUAUUAUGAAUCCUGUACUGGUUUUACUGAAAAGAAACUAAUGAUUUCUCUUAUCUCUUAUUGCAGAAGGUACGUGUUCUACUUGGCUACAGUGCUGCUGGUGGGAGAACUGAGACUGUGUGUGUGUGUGUGUGUGUAAGGGAAGGAGGGAGGGAAUGGAGUGUGUAUGUGGCAUGUAUGGAUUAGGCAAGGGGCUGUGUUACUAUUUACAAAGGAGGUUAGAUGAAAAAGGGAAAGGAAUAUGGGAGAAUUAAGGCUGAAAUAUGUGUGAUAGGGAGAGAGAACUGUGUGUGAUGUGUGAAUUGGGGAACUGGGAAAGGGCCUGUGUUGCUAUACAUGAAUAGGGUUAGAUUGUACAGGAAUGUAUUACUGUGCAUGUUUGGAGGUGCUGGAAAAUAGAAGUGUGUGAGAAAGUUUGUGUGCCAUGUGUGGAUUGGAAAAAUGUAUGUUGCUAUAGACAAAGGGUGGUGAGGUGGGAGAGGAGAAAAGGCAGGAAGGAACAUGUUACUGUGUGUAUGUGUAGAAAUGCUAGAAUUACUAAGAUUAGAAGUUGCUUGUGUGUGUGUAAUGAGGAGACAGGAAAAAUGUCCUUGUAGAAACAGUAAUAGAUGACUGGAAUAGACUUGAGUUAUUGGUACUAGUUGUGAGUAAUUGUUAAAUUGAUAGAAAGGAAUAGACUUUGUUAUUAGGUAUUAGACAACUUAUGUAGAAAGUGAUAUUGUAGUUAGUGCAGGGUCCUUAGGGAGCUUUAAGAGGUGAUUUGGGCAUUUUGUAAAUAAGGAGAAGACUGGUAUGGUGAAGAAAUAGGUAAGGGAGGGAGGGAUGGGACAAAGAUAGGCUCAUUAUUGAUUGUAAUAAGGUACAAGAUAGUUCAGAAAUUAUCAGAUUGAUAUAGAAGAGAUCCUAGAAAUUAUUACAUGCAAGCUUGUAUCAGCUUUUUAUUAAUUUUUUUUUUUUCUUUUCCUUUGCAGUAAAUGGAGCGAAGUGGAGAAUAAACCUAGAAGUAAAAAAAAAAAGUUUCACUUGUCCCUUUUGAAGUAUUUUUAAGGGCAGAAGAGGUAACAUGCUCUCGAGAGAGGAACAUGUAGAGUGACGAGAUGGGAGGCUGAGAGUAAUAAAAAUGUGUAAGAGAUGAAGGGAUCCCUAUGCUAUUGGAAUGGAGUGUGAAGUGGAAAUUAUAGUGGGUUCACACUUCACAAUUCGUUGCUGAAUUGCCAGCCACCACAAGCCACGUUGGCCCACCUGGUGGACUUUUGGUGCCUGGUGGCUGGAAUUGGAAGCCAUACCAACAAGACUAUAACAGGUUGGUCUUGUCCAGCCGCCUGCUGCUUUGUUUAACAGCUGAAAGGAGGGGCUGAGUUGUGUGCCUCAAGCAGAAUUUACAAAACUAUGAAAACUACUGGCAGUGUUAAUCAUUGUAGUCAGAGAGGAUAUGGCAUAGUGAUAGUGUAAGUACUUUUAAGUGAUGCAAAGGAGUCAGUAGCUUGCACUAUCAGCUUGGAAGUUCCAGAGAUCUAUGCAUCUCAGAUUAAAAAUCCUACGUCUGCACUCUAUCGAUAUAUAGGGCUUGGCAAUUUUGAAUCUUGAGUUAGAGGAGACUAAAGAGGUCAUGUAGUAUUACUGAGUGGUAGUGAAAAAAUUCUCCAGUAUUUGAUAGAGAUCGGCUCUAAUACGACUUCCCUGCAUGGAGUUCAAGCGGUUUGCUGGCACAGCUUAAUUCGGAAAGGCCACGGAUUUCUUUAGUCCACUUUCAUUGCACAGAUUCAAAAAGUUUCAGGUCACAGUGGUACCCUGUGUUCCAUACUGUCGGCUCAAAUUCCAACAGUGGCCUGAAGUGGGGAUGUGUAGAGUUAUAAAGUCAGGAUCACUGCACAGGGUAGACUUGAGUAGGUUGUUGGCCAGUCAUGCUGCUUUCUUAAUAAUAGCUCCCACAUGAGCAUGGAAUUUCAGAGGUGUCAACCGGUAUACAUAAGUCUUUAUGUGAAGGUUCUCUUGAAUGAUGUGUGUUGUUCAUGUAGUUAUACUAAUGUGGGUGCAUGGCUUCCCAGUCUACAGUACCUCUGGCAAUAAAGCACUACACACUUU